UUUAAUAAUGCUUUUUCUGGACAUGUGUUGUGCAGAAAUCCUGUCCGAGAAAUUUGGGCUUUGGCGAGGAAUGGACGAAGCUUAGAAAACUUUGUUAGGGACUUGAACUAUAACUAAACUAUUUUUAAAGAUGCUUUCUGCUUCAAGGAAAAUUGCUUUGGUAAACAAUUCAAUCAGACGAAUAUGCUUGUUUUAUCGAGAAAGCUCUGCAAUGGUCAGCCGGCGGCCGGCGAUCAGCCAACUUGGAAGAAACAACUUAUUCCCGGGUGUAGUCAUUCUUACGUAUCUUUGUCUAGUGUAAAAUAUGAAGUUAUCGGCACAAAAGAAACUUUAAGUGAAGCUAAAGAUGCAAAUGGAAGCGAAGAAUCAACUGAAAGUACUUAUGAUACGAGGACGAGCAAUGGUAGAAAUGCGCGAACCUCAUUUAAAUAUAUGGGCCAAAAAUCAAAUCCUGGUGUACCUGAGGGUGCAAAGUUUAGAAACUACAGUAGCAGUGACUUCCAAAAUGCAAGUUCAUUGAGAAAAGAGUUCAACUCGCUUCUUGAACAGCAAGAUGUCAAUGUAACUCCAGUCACUGCAUACCAGUUCAUCCGAAAUUGUGGAAACAAGAUGUCGCAAGAGCCACCAGAAAGUAGAAUAGCCCUUGCCCUUGAAUUUUGGGGCAAGUUGAAAGACAAAGGAGUUCUUCUUGAAACUACACACUACAAUGCACUGCUGUCUGUUUAUAUUCAAAACAGACACCAAUUCUCCCCUCUUGAAUUUCUUGCUGACAUGCAGGAGAACAAAGUGCAACCAGAUAAGUUUACAUAUUCACUGAUUGUUCAAGCUUAUUGUCAAGAUGGAGAUCUAUCUGGAGCCUUGAGAGUUAUUGAUUUUAUGACAAAGCAAGAAAUCCCACUAUCUGAGGCAAUAUACACUUCUCUAAUAACUGGAUACAGUAAAAACAACAAUAUGGAAGGUGCACAUAAAAUCUUUGAAACAAUGAGAGAACACAACAUCUUGCCACAAGUAGACUCAUACACUGCCUUGAUUGCUGGGUAUGCUUCCCAUGGAGAUAUGCAAGGCAUCGACAAGGUUUUUGAGGAAAUGCACGAAAAAGGCGUGAGGUCCAACGCAUUAUUGUACAUGAAUAUGUUGGAUUCAUUCUGUCGAAAUGGGUAUUCGUCUUUAUUACCAGAGGGUUUGAAGAGAAUAAAACACAAGGCCCCGGUUGAGAUGGAAAUGCGCUACUUUCUCCAGCGAUUAAUUACACGGGGUGAUUAUGAAAGUGCUGCUAUUCUUGCAAAAAACAACGAAUUGUGGCUCACGUCAGAUCUACUUCGUCAAGAUGAAUUCACUCCGUUGAAUUUGUUUGUCUAUCGCAUGGCAAGAACCCAAAAGUCAUUGAAUGAGCUUAUCCGAGCAAUGAAGGUUUUGGAAGCUCAUGGCCUUACCAGAACGCCACUUGAAGAUGUCUUGGAUCUUUGCCAUAGCCGUAAAGCUACAGCUGACGCAGUACAGAUGCUUGAUUUGUUAAAAGAAGCUGAAAGGCCAAUCAAAACUCACUAUGUAUAUCCGAUGCUUGUACAGUUAGCUGAGAAAGAAGAUAUUGAUGGAAUAUUUGAACUUCUAAACUACAUGGAUAAGAACAGCGUAAAAAUUGACCCAUUUGCAUUGGACUUUGCAGCUAAAGGCUUUAGAAACGAUAAAAAUGGUAGAAUUGCUAAGCUGAUGGACAUAGCCAAGGCCAAAAAAGUUAGAUUGUCUUGGAAGGCAGCUACGGAGAGUCUUGACGUUGUUUUUAACGGAAACAGCAUCCAAGCUUUUAUUGACAUUCUGCCAAGAAUCCAGAUUGGAAUGGUGGGGACGAAGGAAGGAGUAGAAAAAGUAACUGAAUUCUUAAUUAGGACAUUUGAUGCCGAGGAAACUCCUAAGGCUAUAAUAGCUCUUGAUCAGAAGAACCUGUACAGACUUGGCUGGGUAAUGUCGAAGAUUCUCGAGCAAUUCAAUGUUGAUGAUGAAGAGAAAGCCAAAGAUGCCUACAGAAUAUUUCAGGCUCUGAUUAAAGGGAAUGCGGUGAGAGGACUGAAUACAUACUGCUACACAGUACUGCUCAAUACCUUCUUCAAAAAUUCAAUGAGGGAUGAAUUCUUUGAGGUGGUGAAUAUUAUGAAAGCACAGGGUAUUGAACCAAACGAGGCACAGUAUUUCAUCAUGCUGAAGAUGUCAUCAUUAAUUGGCAAUAGUGCAGCAGCUCAAUUUUGCUACGACAAGUUAAAGGGCAAACAAGAGCCCACCGAAGCUCAGUAUAACGCGUUGCUUAUUGCGUACGGAAAAGACGAUGGCAAAGGGAAAUCAUCAGAUGAACCAAAUUUUCAGUAUGCAAAGAAAGUUAUUUCAUUGUAUGAAGAAAUGCGAGAGCAUAACUACCGACCACUUGGAUUGUCUGUUUCACAGACCUUAGUAGCCUACACCAGUGUUGGCAAAUACGAAGAGGCGGAGGAAGUAAAAAAAUUGUUUGGACUUGGUGUUGAAUAUAGAAAGUAUUCUGUGUACAAUGAAUAUAUCAGGAUGUUUGCCAAACAAGGAAAGCCUGAGGAGGCUGAGAAAAUUUUCCAGGAAAUGAAGGAUUCAAGCAACAAGAACUUAAUUUCUCUAUUUACGUUUAAUCAACUUAUUGGCUGUCACAAACAAAUGGGAAAUAUUGAUCGCGUUCUUGAACUGGUCAAAGAACUAAAGGAUUUUGGUCUUACCCCAAAUCGCAUCACGUAUUCUGAAGUUGUCAAGACGUUUCUUCGAAGAAAUGAGCCUCACAAAGCUUUGGAAGUUGUAGAAGAAAUUCAAGAUGUAGAACGGCUUCCAAGCACAAACAUUCUACUGAGUCUUGUCACUGACUUUUUUGAAAGAACUGAUGUAGAAAGUUGUGAAAGAGCCAUUGCUUUGGUUCGAAAAAGAAAUAUCGAUGAAUGGGCGGAGCAAAGACUAAAACAUGUUCUAUUAAUGAGUUAUCUGAAAGACAAUAAUUUUACUGCUGCUAAAGACAUUGUAAACAAGGUUGAUUUUCGUUUAACUCAGAGACUAAUCAUGGCUGCUCUAGGAGGAACAUACAGAGAUAUUGAAUUUCUCCUGAAAGUGAAGAAUUUCUUGAAGGAAAACAGUCUCAAUUACUUUUUGAUGGACCUUGCCAUUUUGAAUUCAUACAUUGCUUCAAAUGACGCUGAUUCAGCAUUAAAGCUGUAUGAAGAGAAGCGAGAAACAGAUUCAGCAAUGACAACUUAUUUCUUAACAAAGCUUGCAAACUUUUUAACAGCGUCAGGGCGAGAGGUUCCCUUUGACGUUAGUCUGCUUAAACAGCAAAAGACUCAGGUAGUCAAAGAUGAAGAAACCUUUAUUGAUGAAGUUGAAAGUAAUGAGCAAACUGAAGAAUCUCUAAACACUGACACCACUCUAUCUCAGGAUCAAGAUAUACUUCGGUCAGAAAAGAAUGAUUAGUGUAUGUUUUGUUAAAGCUUUUCCCUAUCGCAGCAUGUAUUGUUCAAGUGUGUCCGUUUUAGAGUAUAUUUUUGAAUUCAUUUCUUAUCAUUCGCGAAA